CUUUCAAAAUAUGAGGCUGUUUCUGCUUCUUGCAGCCCUUGUUGGGGCUUCCCAGGGACUGCAAACAUUUGCUGGUGAUCAAGUUCUCCGGCUGGAGCCAAGCAACGAUGAACAGGUCCGCCUCCUGAAGGAGCUUCAAGCUCUGGAACCUCUCCAGCUGGAUUUCUGGCAUUUCCCUUCAUAUCCUGGUCGCCCGGCAGAUGUCCAAGUCCCCUUCGCCUGCCUGCAAGAUGUCAAAGCCUUCCUGGAGUCCCAUCAAAUCAAGUACUCCGUCAUGAUUGAGGAUGUCCAGGCUAUUGUGGAUGAAGAAGCCCGAGAGAUGAAGCUCAACGAGCGGAGGGAGCGCGGCAGCAACAGUUUCAACUAUGCCGCAUAUCACCCCUUAGAAUCCAUUUACAGCGCUAUGGAUGAUAUUGUGACUGAAUUCCCCCAGCUUGUGAGCAAACAUCAGAUUGGGGAGUCUUAUGAAAAACGACUCCUCUUCGUCCUCAAGUUCAGCACCGGAGGAAAGAGCCGCCCUGCGAUCUGGGUCGAUGCCGGCAUCCACGCUCGAGAAUGGGUCACCCAAGCCACUGCCCUUUGGACUGCGAAGAAGAUUGCCAGUGACUAUGGGAACGAUCCGUCAGUAACUUCCCUGUUAAACACAAUGGAUGUUUUUCUGAUGCCUGUUGCAAAUCCGGAUGGAUAUGUCUUCUCUCAAACCAAAAAUCGUAUGUGGAGGAAGACUCGCUCCAAGAUUCCUGGCAGCUUGUGUUUUGGGGCUGAUCCAAACAGGAACUGGGACGCCGGCUUUGGAGGACCCGGAGCCAGCAACAACCCCUGCUCCGAUUCCUACCAUGGCCCCAGCGCCAACUCCGAGGUGGAAGUGAGGUCCGUCGUGGAUUUCGUGAGGAGCCACGGAAACCUCAAGGCUUUCAUCAGCAUCCACAGCUACUCCCAACUUCUGAUGUUCCCCUACGGCUACAAUUGCACCGCCGCCGUCAAGGAUUACGAAGAACUGGAUGCGCUAGGAAAAAAGGCUGCAGACGCUCUUGCUUCUCUCUACGGCACCCUAUAUAAAGUUGGCCCCAUUUGCAACAUUAUCUAUCAAGCCAGUGGAGGCAGUAUCGACUGGACUUACGACCAGGGCAUCAAAUACUCCUUUGGUCUCGAACUCAGAGACACCGGCCGGUACGGAUUCCUCUUGCCCGCCAGCCAGAUUAUUCCGACAGCGCAAGAGACCUGGCUGGCUCUGAAGACCAUCAUGGAGCAUGUAAGGGACCAUCCAUACUGAGAGGAAGGGAUUUCGGAGCCUAGAGGGGCAGGGAGAGAUAUCAGC